UUAGAGAUGGUCUAAGAUCCAUUUAUCACGAAGAACACAUGUUACAUAUACAAACGAAGGAUUUUAUACUAUUUGAAAUGGUUACAUGUUUCUCAAUUCCUUUCAAGACAUUUAUUCCCCUCUGUCUAGACAGGAGUAAUGACUCCUAUUGGGAGAAAACUAUGGAGAGAUCUAUGGAUGAUAAAGUCAUCUCCAAAUUAAGACCCCAUUCCCAUGGAAUUCAAAUUGAUGUUUUCUCCCUUUCCUGUGUUUCAGAAACUGUUUGUCAUGUUUUAUUCACAUGUUAAACUGCAAAAGAAACAUGCAAGACUCCGAUGUACCGGCUCCUAGAUCAGGUUUCCCCUCUAACUCGGUCUUUAAAAAUCUUGUGCGGCAAGAACACAUUGAUUGAUGAGAAAGCGCCCAAAACAAUACCUUGGAUCCGCUAGCAUAAUUCCUUCUUCGUUUGAGCAAGAGGUGGGAAAACGAACUCUUAGCACUCUGAAAUGUAGUGUUGGUACAUCAUUGGUCCACCCUGAGAGGAGCAGCAGAGUUUCUUGGAUUCUUGCAAAACAUCAGGGGAAGAAUGUGAUCUUUGAGCCUUUCUUUACUAUUAUUGCAUGCAGAGCUCUCCUGUCUCCAAAUACCUUCCCAUGUUCCAUAAUCUUGUUAUGCAAGACUUAUUAAGCACGCAAUGGUUGGGCCCACGUUACAAGAAACCCCAACGGCCCUUAUUUGAUCUGGUCUAAUCCGGUUAAAUUAGCUUUAGACGGUUCAUUUAUUACCGGUUAACCCACACUUUGUCACCACCGCUUCUGUCUAGACGACUUGAUGAGGAAGCACGAUUUGAAAGCUCAUGAAACGCAUUAAUGUCGGUCUUCGUCUCCGCCACUUUCCGGAACUCAAAAAAUUUCACACCCAAAAAGUUGCUUUUUCUCCAACCAAACCGGAAUUCGAACCGAAAUCUACAUCUGUUCAUGACACCUUGCUGUGUCAGGUACUGGACACUAACCCAGAUUACAAAACCCUUAAAACAGUCCACUCCAGAAUCAUUCUUCAAAAUCGACGCUGUGACUCGGCUCUAGGCGUUAAACUCAUUAAAUCGUAUGCAGCUCUAAAAGAUGUGGUGUCAGCGCGCAAUGUGUUCGACGAAAUUCCUGAGAGAAACGUUAUCAUCCUUAACGUCAUGAUCAGAAGCUAUGUGAAUAACGGGCUUUACCGCGAAGGUAUCCAAGUGUUUGGGACGAUGUGUGGCUUUGAUGUUAGACCCGACCAUUACACUUUCCCUUGUGUUCUAAAGGCCUGUUCUUGCUCUGGGAAUAUUGUCAUUGGCAAGAAGAUCCAUGGGUCCGCUACAAGAGUCGGGCUCUCUUCUACUUUGUUUACUGGGAAUGGUUUAGUUUCUAUGUAUGGAAAGUGUGGAUUUUUAUCUGAAGCAAGGCUUGUGCUCGACGACAUGUCAAGGAGAGAUGUGGUCUCUUGGAACUCGUUAGUUGCUGGUUAUGCGCAGAACCAGAGAUUUGAUGAUGCUUUAGAGGUUUGUAGGGAGAUGGAGUCUGUGAAGAUAAGCCACGACGCUGGCACGAUGGCUAGUCUGUUACCAGCAGUUACCAAUACAACAAGGGAUAAUGUUAUGUAUGUUAGAGAUAUGUUUUUGAAGAUGGGGAAGAAGAGUUUGGUUUCAUGGAAUGUGAUGAUAGGUGUGUAUAUGAAAAACGCAAUGCCUCUUGAAGCCGUGGAGUUGUAUUCUCGAAUGAUGGAUGCUGACGGGAUCGAACCUGAUUCAGUCUCAGUCACAAGUGUGUUGCCUGCUUGUGGAGAUACAUCUGCUCUGUCUCUUGGUAAGAAAAUCCAUGGAUACGUAGAGAGGAAGAAGCUGAUACCGAAUCUGUUGGUAGAGAACGCGUUGAUUGACAUGUACGCAAAAUGUGGAUGUCUAGACAGAGCAAGAGAUGUGUUUGAGAAUAUGAAAUCUCGUGACGUUGUGUCUUGGACAGCUAUGAUCUCAGCUUAUGGAGUCAGCGGAAAAGGCCGUGACGCUGUGACAUUGUUUUCUAAAAUGCAAGACUCGGGUCUCGUCCCUGAUUCAAUUGCGUUUGUCACAGCGCUAGCUGCGUGUAGCCACGCGGGGUUGCUAGAAGAAGGUCGGAGUUAUUUCAAACUCAUGACAGACCAUUACAAGAUCACUCCUAGGUUAGAGCAUUUAGCUUGUAUGGUGGAUAUUCUUGGCCGAGCAGGGAAAGUGAAAGAAGCUUAUAGCUUUAUACAAGAGAUGUCGAUGGAACCAAACGAGAGAGUUUGGGGAGCGUUAUUAGGAGCUUGUCGGGUGCAUUCUGAUACAGACAUCGGUCUGCUAGCAGCUGAUAAGCUAUUUCAGUUAGCACCCGAGCAAUCUGGCUACUACGUGUUGCUUUCUAACAUCUACGCAAAGGCUGGAAGAUGGGAAGAGGUAACAAAGGUCAGAGACAUAAUGAAGAGCAAAGGGUUAAAGAAGAAUCCUGGAGCGAGCAACGUGGAGGUCAAUGGAGGCAUUCAUACAUUCUUAGUAGGCGACAGGUCACACCCGCAAUCCGAUGAGAUUUACAGAGAGCUGGAUGUUCUAGUGACGAAAAUGAAAGAGUUAGGGUAUGUUCCUGAUUCGGAAUCGGCGCUUCACGAUGUGGAAGAAGAAGAUAAAGAGACGCAUUUGGCUGUUCAUAGUGAGAAGUUAGCAAUUGUGUUUGCUCUGAUGAACACAGAGGAAGGAGAAGAAGAUAACAAUGCCAUAAGAAUAACGAAGAACCUUAGGAUUUGUGGAGAUUGUCAUGUUGCAGCAAAGCUUAUCUCUCAGAUAACUUCACGCGAGAUCAUCAUCCGAGACACUAAUAGGUUUCAUGUAUUCCGGUUUGGUGUUUGCUCUUGUGGUGACUAUUGGUGAAAUUAAUGUUAAAGAUAUAGUUGGUCAAAAAAAAAUGUUAAAGAUACCCUCUCCUAUUAAUUAUAGGGAAAUUGCACCCAGUGACUAAGAAAAAAAACAAAAUUAACUAAACAACCAAAAACACACACUCUCUCCCCUUUUAUCUUCCUAUCUCUCUCUACUCUCUCUCCAGAAAACUAAUUUUGUUUAUUUUUUUGGUUAUUUCACAAAUAACCCCUUCAUUAUAAGUAUCACUUAGACACUUUUCACACAUAUUAAAAAAAAUAAUUGAAAUGCAUUUAUGUUUUCAUUAAUUACAUCUAACUGACCAAUAAUAUUUGAGAUAAAUAAGUUUAUUUAUUUCAUCAAUGCAUUUUACAAUUAAUAUUCAACUGAAAGUAAGUAAAAACUGCAUUGGAAUCUAAAAUAAUAUUUUUUUAUAUAACAAGAAAAAACUAAAAUGACACUCUUUAAGAAACAGAGGAAGUAUAAAACACAGCGUGUUAAUGAAGAUGAAAGUACAUUUUUUCGGACAACUUUAUAAUGUUUUCAUAGGUAAUAACAUGCGUCUUGUCCGGAGUAAAAAUUUAUGUAGAACUAUUUAUGGUUACAAUUUAUUAUAUGACUAACAGUCGAAUAUAAUUAUUUCUCAGUCUAAUAUAUUC